UGUGGGCCGUUGGAUGGGGCAGCUCCCGGAUGGCCUGUGGCACAGCGCGAGAAGGGAAAAGUGACACGGCCGCUCUGGAACUUCUGCCCAGCGCGCCUCGUAAAAUGAAUGAAAGUAAACCUGGAGGCUCACAGAAUCCCACUUGUGUUUUCUGUCGAAAAAAUGAUGACUGUCCUAUUAAAUAUGGAGAAAAGAAAACUAAUGAGAAAUGGAAUCUCACUGUACAUUACUAUUGUUUGUUGAUGUCAAGUGGAAUUUGGCAGAGGGGUAAAGAAGAAGAAGGAGUUUAUGGUUUUCUAGUAGAAGAUAUCAGGAAAGAAGUGACUAGGGCUUCGAAACUGAAGUGCUGUAUUUGCAAGAAAACCGGUGCUUCAAUUGGAUGUGUCGCACCCCGAUGUAAACGAAGUUAUCAUUUCCCAUGCGGACUUCAGAGAGAAUGUGUUUUCCAGUUCACUGGCAAUUUUGCGUCAUUUUGUUGGAACCAUCGACCUGUUCAGAUAAUUACAUCUAAUAAUUAUAGAGACUCCUUACCAUGCACCAUUUGCCUGGAAUUUAUUGAGCCUAUUCCAACUUACAGCAUAUUACGAAGUCCUUGUUGUAAGAAUGCUUGGUUCCAUAGAGACUGUUUACAGGUUCAAGCAAUAAAUGCAGGAGUGUUUUUCUUUAGGUGCACAAUAUGCAAUAAUAGUGAUAUAUUUCAGAAAGAGAUGUUGAGAAUGGGAAUUCAUAUUCCUGAAAAAGAUGCAUCUUGGGAAUUAGAGGAAAAUGCUUACCAAGAGCUUCUGCAGCACUAUGAGCAUUGUGAUGUCCGAAGAUGUCGUUGCAAAGAAGGGCGAGACUAUAAUGUGCCUGACAGCAAAUGGGAAAUAAAGCGCUGUCAGUGUUGUGGUUCUCGCGGAACACAUCUAGCCUGUUCCUCACUACAGUCAUGGGAGCAAAAUUGGGAAUGUUUGGAAUGUAGAGGUAUUCUUUGCAAUUCAGGCGAUUUCCAAAAAGCCAAAAAACACACAUUACCCAACACUAAUGUGGGAAUAACUGAUUGUUUGUUGGAGGAAUCUUCACCUAAAUUACCCAGACAGUCUCCUGGAGCCCAGCGUGAAGACCUGCUGAGGCAAGGCAGCAAAUUUAGAAGAGAUAUUUCGACUCUAAUAAUAGAGCUAGGAUUCCAAAUUAAAAAAAAAACUAAAAGAUUAUUUAUCAACAAAGCCAAUUUCUGGAAUAGUGCUUUAGAUGGAUUCAGAAAUCAAAACUUUAAUCCUUCAUAUACAAUUGAAAUAGCAUAUAUUAAUGAAAAUGACCAUUUUGGAAAAGAGCAGCCUGGAUCAAAGCAAGAAUUCCUAAGUCUCUUAAUGCAGCAACUUGAGAACUCACCAUUGUUUGAAGGGUCCUUGUCAAAGAACUUGUCUCUCAAUUCUCAAGCUCUGAAAGAGAAUCUUUACUAUGAAGCUGGCAAAAUGCUUGCCAUUUCUUUGGUUCAUGGUGGUCCUUCACCUGGUUUCUUUUCUAAAACCUUAUUUAACUGCCUUGUUUAUGGACCAGAAAGUACCCAACCAAUUUUAGACGAUGUCUCAGACUUUGAUGUGGCACAGAUUAUAAUCAGGAUAAAUACUGCAGCAACUGUGGCUGACUUAAACUCUUUAAUAAAUGAAUAUUAUAACUACCUAGAGCUUAUUGGAUGCCUAAGACUUAUAACAUCAUUAAGUGAUAAAUAUAUGUUGGCAAAAGACAUACUUGUUUAUCAUGUAAUUAAGAGAGUCCAAACACCUUUUGAAAGUUUUAAACAGGGUCUGAAAACUCUUGGUGUUUUGGAGAAAAUUCAGACUUAUCCAGAAGCAUUUUGUAACAUCUUCUGUCAUAAACCUGAGAAUCUUUCCACAAAAAUUCUUAGUGAUCUUUUUGCAGUACACACAUUAUCUGACGUACAGGCUUUGGGGUUUUGGAACAGUUACUUGCAGGCUGUUGAGGAUGGUACAUCUACAGUAACAAUGGAAGACAUUCUUAUUUUUGCUACUGGUUGCAGUUCCAUUCCACCUGCUGGAUUUAAACCCACUCCAUCAAUUGAGUGCCUUCAUAUGGAUUUUCCUGUUGGAAACAAGUGUAAUAACUGCUUAGCUCUUCCUAUCACCAGUACAUAUAAAGAAUUUCAAGAAAAUAUGGACUUUGCCAUAAAAAACACUCUAAGAUUAGAAAAGGAAGAAAAUUCUCACUUCAUUGGACAUUAACUGUUUUGAACAAAGAGAUGCUUCUUUAAAAGCUGCUCUUGAUACUUUUUGUUUCAGAAAUCUGUCCAUCAUCACUUUUGAGCAAACUUGGCCCAAUAAAAUAUAUGAUAUGAACAUAAAGGAAUAUUUUGGCCACUUAAGCUAAAAAGUUUUUUUGUUAAGGUGUACCAGUCAAAGUUGAUACUUUUCUAUUUUCUUAAUAUACAUGCUUCAUAAACCUCAAUAUAAAUACUUUUAGAAUGGCUGUACAGACUUUCUUCCAGUAUAGUAGCAUGCUAUAUAUAAGAAGAAAAUUUGUACUCACUGUUUUUGUAAAUUGGGAUUAGCUAUAGGAUGCCACAGUGAUUUUUCUAGUUUUAUGCAGUUUUCAAAUUAUUACUUAUUUUAUUUUAAAGCGUUAAAUAGGAAAGGUAAAUGAUAAAUCUUGUUAUAUAAAUCAAAGUCAUAUUUUGGGGUAUGUGUUAUAUGUAUCCUUUUCUAGGAUGGCACUAAAUUAGUUAAAAAUGUUUUUAGAUUAUUAAGUUAUGUUAAAAUAGAUCCACACUGCAAUUAGAUUAUGCCUAAAGGGAAGUAUUAUAUUAAAGAGCAGAAUUGCACAAAUAUUCUAGAAUCUAUGGACAUUCCAUAGUCUUAAAACACUUCUGAGGUGGAUUAAAAUACAGUUGAAAAUCCCUAAGUAAGUGUCUUCUUUCAAGCCUUUGGCUGUAAUCAUGGGAUUUUUUUUUUUUUCCUGUAUCCCAUGUGUGGUAUUAGACCACAUUAUGUCUGAUCCACAUUUUAGGUUAUCUGAAUAGAAUGAUCUCUGUGGAUUGCCAUUUGGUAGGUUUGGCUAUUUGACAGUUAUUUAUUAUCAAGAUGGUUGUAUGAAAGGUAAGCUGGCACCAUUGCAUUAUAUAGUUAUCUUCUUUGCUUUUGAAAGAUACCUGUUAUAUAAACAAUGUAGAAAUGUAUAAGAAAGAAUCACAAAUAGAAUGAAAAACCCACUCUAAUCUCAGCCAUGCAGAAUUAACUGUUAUCCUUCUAUAAACUCUUCCAUUUCCUUUCUUUUUUAACUUUAUUAAUGCUACUAAAAGUCAAAGAAUACCUAGAAGUAACAAGAGAUUAUGUAAUAACAAUUUGAAGAUACCUAAUCCCAUAGUUGUGUCACCAUAUUUGUACUCUUGCAAAAGAAGAAACUGGAAAAGUCUAAUGUCCCUAAUCUGUUAUCAAAUAUAAAUGGGUUUUUCACCAGAAUAAAUCGUAUGAGAGGUAAAA